UUAGACGAUGUGUGGAGCUAGCUUGAAGAUGACGGUGUAGUCGUAUCGCAGGUAAAUAUUUCAGUGGUAACUAAGCAACAAUGUCUUCAGUUCAGUAUCUGAGAGAGUUUGUCAACGAGCGACUAACUGCUGCUGCUGAAGAAAUAUUCGGAGUCUUUGAACAAACUAUCGUCGAGUACGAGGAAGAGAUCGAUCGUCAGCGCAGACUGCUGGAUAUCGUUUGGAAACCCGAGAUAAAGCUACACAGGACAGAGCUCCCACAGCAUCAUGUCUGUAAGGAGGAGGAGGUUCACACUGACCAGCAGCUCCGUGACCAGGAGAGGAACUCCAGUGUGGACCAGGAGGACCCAGAGCCUCCACAGAUUAAAGAGGAAGAGGAGGAACUCUGCACCAGUCAGGAGGGAGAGCAGCUUGUACUGAAGCAGGAGACAGAUGGACUGCUGGACAUCGUUUGGGAACCCGAGAUAAAGCUAUGCAAGACAGAGCUCCCACAGCAACAUGUCUGUAAGGAGGAGGAGGUUCUCACUGACCAGCAGCUCUGUGACCAGGAGAGGAACUCCAGUCUGGACCAGGAGGACCCAGAGCCUCCACAGACUAAAGAGGAAGAGGAGGAACUCUGCACCAGUCAGGAGGGAGAGCAGCUUGUACUGAAGCAGGAGACUGAUACCUUGAUGUUGACUCCUACUAAUGAGGAAAGUGACCACCAGCUCCUUUCUCACAACUCUCCUGUAGCUGAGAGCCAAGAUCAGGAAGGAAGUAAGCAUGUAGACCCAGAAUCAACAGGAAAUGCAGAAACACAACCAAAGAAGAGACGUCACAAAAACACAAAUCACAGUGACUACGUUUAUAACUCUCCCACAGCAAAGAGUCACUGUAACACUCAGACAGGUGAAAAAUCAUUCAAAUGCGACACUUGUGGAAAAGAUUUUAAGUAUAAGUGCAAAUUGAAAAUACAUCAGAGACGCUACACAGGUGAGAAGCCAUAUUUUUGCCAAACGUGUGGGAAAAGUUUCAGCUCAAAUCCGGGUCUGUCGAAUCACAUGAGAACCCACACAGGCGAGAAGCCAUAUACCUGCAAAACCUGUGGGAAAAGAUUUACUAACAACUCAUGCUUGAGGAACCAUACAAGAACCCACACAGGUGAGAGGCCGUAUACUUGCAAUACCUGUGGGAAAAAAUUUACUAACAGCUCAUGCUUGAGGAACCAUACAAGAACCCACACAGGUGAAAAGCCAUAUUUUUGUGAAACGUGUGAGAGCGUUUUCACUACACGUACAAGCUUGUUGGUCCACAUGAGAAUCCACACAGGUGAGAUGCCCUACACCUGCAACACCUGUGGGAGAAAAUUUCGUGGGAAGACAUCCUUAAAUACGCAUACAAGAACACACACAGGUGAGAAGCCAUAUUUUUGUGAAAGGUGUGGGAAAAGUUUCACUACUAAGCAAAUGUUGUCAAUCCACAUGAGAACCCACACAGGGGAGAAGCCAUACCCCUGUCACAUCUGUGGGAAAAUGUUCAGUCAGAAGCCACACUUGGUGAAACAUCUAAUGAUCCAUACAAAUAAAAAGUCAUGUAAUUCCUGAACAUGUUGGAGAGCUUUCAGACUUAAUGGGGAAUUGACAGUCCAUAUGUAAAGAGCCUUUGAAAAAUGAUCUUGGAAAAAUAUUAGUUUUACAGUGAGUGUAUAGAUUCUAAGAAUAUAAAUGACUGAACUCUGAAAUAUUAUUGAAUUUUAUAUUUUUAUACUCUACCACAGUUAUGAGUGGGCUAGUCUGUAAUGUUAAAGCUGAGAAACCCUCAAAUGCUGUUGUGUCACUUGUUUGGUCAUUUAACCAUCUAGUUCAUUUUGUAUAAAUUAUGUGCAUUCCUAGAUAUUUUUAAUAAUUUUUCAUUGGAUCAAUUUGAUGUAUUUUGUAUGUUCUCAAGUUUUAGAGGUGAUGAACAAACAGGUUGUAGAGGGUGAACUGCAUUGUUUUGUAAAAGGUGCUAUACAAAUAAACUGACUUUGAUCAAAGAAUUUUAAUAAUGAAAAUAUUUCUUUCAGUGCUGGUUGUUCAGGCUGAACUCACACUGAUGGAUCUGAUUAAAUGACAAAAGCUUUGCAGGGUGAUAAUGUAUAAUAACAGAUUCACACUAAAGUCUAGAUCUACAAGGACACUGUUCAUAAAGGUUGGAGGCAGAUGUGAAAACGAGCCACCUUGAACCCACAUAGCACACUUUUCUACGUCUGUUUUUGAAUUCCC